AUGUCUACAAGUGAAACAAGCAGUGUCACACCCCAGCAGCAGUUGCCUACUGAAAGUGGAAAUGGGGAAACCGAUAUUAGUACAAAUGUGGAAAGUCGUAGCAAAGAAUUGAGAAUCCAGGGCCCCUCAACUGCUCCUUCAGCAAUUUCUUCGCAAACACUGCCUGAGAGAUCGGGCAUUUUGGCAGAGUCUCAGAGACUACAACGGGAAAUGCUGAGAGCCGAAAUGACAGAAGGUGUAGAUCUCCCGUUAGCGCUUCAACGACCAGACGCUUCCCCGACUAGAACACCUUCACCAUCGAGGGCACAAAUCCAACUUCUGGAGUCAGAGUUGGCCGAAAAUAAACGAAAAAUCGCCAGUCUUCAAGAUAGCAAUCAACGCCACCAAAAACUCAUCCAAACACUGCAAAGCCAGGUGACACACCACAAGCGAAAGAAUACUGAUUUGGAAAUGGAAGUGGAGGAUCUCAAGUUGGAGCUUCAAAAAAAAGCUAAAAAGCUCCAGUCGAAGGAGUUAGAACAUGAUAGCCGCCUUGAUGCUCGCGAAAACAUGGCUAAAAUGCGUGAAGAAAGCCUGAUUGCGGAGCUGGAAAAUCUCACCAGUGCUCUCGAACAGGAAAGAGCAAAAUCUGCCGAACUGUCUCGUACGAACGAGCUCCUUCAGGAUCAACUCGAAGAGGCAGCCUCCGCCAAUCAGGGCCUAAGUCGUGACGUAGCUCAAUUGACACAGGCUUGGCGUCAAGCAACGCAGCAACUGGAGAAGCGCGAAGCCGACUGGCAGUCCGAGGAGGCGGCCUUCAACGACUACUUUGCGACCGAACACAACCGGCUGCUCGCACUUUGGCGCGAGGUUGUUUCCCUUCGACGAGCCUUCACCGAGCUCCGACACCAAACGGCCCGUGAUUUCACUCAGAUGAACAGUGAAAUAUUGAGAAUGGGCCAAUCCCUGCAAGCUUCGUGCGCUGCUCUAGCCAAUAACCUUAAGGCCGCAGAACUGGAAUCAGCCGACGCAUUGGACAAGAGUCGGCGUCAGCUGAUGGCCGGGGAGGCGGAUGCGAAAGCGCGCAGCCAGUCGCUCGCCGAGUCGUUGGCACGAAGUCAAGCCCGAUUGGCUGAGACUGAGGGGCAAGUGAUACAACUCAACAGACGCGUUCAGGACCUAGUAACUGAGGUUGCCGAUAAAGAACGAGUUUUGAAUACGCUGCGAAGACUUCGAGCCUCCUUCCCUUCACCACAGCCGGCGGAAACAGGCGACACGACAACAGGAGAGGAUCCGGUUGUCGCCACCAGACGUCUCAUUGACCAGACGCACUCCAUGCACCAUGCCCUCUCACAAAUCGCUCAGGUUGUAAUUGCGGACUCUGCGAAUGCCGAUGCCGACGAAACGCAGGAGCCAUUCAUGGCGAGUUUUCAGCAUCAGAUGGAAACUGGAGAUUGGUUGGAAAGCGGAGGAGGCACGGUCGCCACACCGCUCCCCCAGCGCCCCCGCUCAACUUCUCCAUCCAGUGAGCACCACACGCCUCCCCCGGUUCCCCUGCGUCUUGCUUCACCAUCGUCUUCAUCACCUCCUGGAAAACUAGCAGAAACAGCUGUGACUGGUGUCCAAUCUGCACUCAAUCGACGGGCGAUGCAGGUUCAAGUUCUGCGGCUGAAGCUCUCUAGUCUCCGAGGUCGCCUUGCGGGCCUAAACAAACGCCUCAAUGAGGGCGAAGAGGAAAGAAUUAGACUGAACGACUACGUGACAGCCCUUCGCGCUGACCUUGACCUCGUGCGCAAGGAAGUGGAGGCCACUAGACUUGAGAGGGACAGGAUCAAGCACACUCUCAGUAUUUCAGUUGAAGAGAAAAAUAUUUUGGAGAGAUCGCGUGCGACAAACACGGAAAGGAUAACCUCGCUGCAGGCUGAGCUGGAGCAACUUCGGCAUUUUCUGAACACAACGUCGAAAGAACGCGAUGAAAUUGUGGAACAACGGAAUGCAAAACAACUUCAAUAUGAGAGUGAGACAAGAGAAAAUGCCCGACUUCAGCGUCUUUUGGAACAGGCAGAAACGAGGGUUUCUCAGACUCGUGAAGAAUUGACUAAGGUGAAGGAGGGGCAUGAUGGACUGCAAGUGAAGCAUGAUGCUCUUUCGCAAGAAUGCAACGAGCUCACAGACAAAGUUGAACGAAUCGAACGCAGAGCAGCUGAAUUAACUGAACAGGUUGCUUCUAUUCAAAAGGAAAAGGAGGACCUUCAGGCGAAACUCCUCCGCCUUGAGUCCGUCCUCGAGGCCCGUGAGUGCGAGCGCUCUGAAAUGGCCCACCAGCUUCACCUUGCCAACGCCACCGAGGCACGCGUAUCUGAGGAGCGGAACCUCCUGAGAGCCGACUGCCAACAGUUGCGCAACCAGUUAUCGCGCAUCGAUGCAGAGUACCAAUUAAGUACGGCAGAAGUCGAUCGCCUGCGUGAAUCGCUUGCUAAAGCAGAGCAGCAGAGAGCGCAGGCUGAGGGCGAAGUGCUGAAGGCCAAUAGUAGCCGCUUGGAAGUAUCGGAAGAGCUAGCCGUCACGAAUAUGCAGUUAAGUAAAUUGAAAGAAGAGGUUGAAGAACUGAGGAAGGAAGUCAGAGAUCAGACCGGAAUCGCUUCACGAUUAAAUGAAGAGCGAGAAGACUUGAUGCGAGACAAGGAAGAUCUAUCAUCGCGCCUCUCCCUGAAUGAGAGGGAACGUCGCCAAUUGUCGGAUUUGGUUUCAAAGUUACGCACCGAUAGGGAAGUUUUGGACAACGAGGCCUUUCUAGCCCAAAGGCAAAUAACAGAAUUGAAAAACAAGGUCGAAAAACAGGAAACAGACAUUGCAAACCUCACUCUUCGUCGAAACAAUUUGCAAGCUGAGGUCCAGCGGGUUAGAAGUGACUUCGAAACGGAGUUGAACAAGAUUCAGCGGCAGCGUGAUCGCCUCGGAGCAAAAUACACAGCUGAAAUCGAGGAACUUCGUGGUGCUCUAGCAGCGUCUGAACGAAGGUUGGGUGAAGCCGAGGACGCCGCUGUUCAAGCGGUUCUUCGUGCAGACCGCGCCGCUGCUGAAGCCACAAAGGCUUCCCUUCGGGAGACAGACCGACAUGGGAUGAAUGAGCGUGAAUGUCAACGUUGGGCCGACGAACAGGCACGUCUCAACCACGAGCUUUCAUUGGCCCAGAGAGAACGCGACGACGCACUUUUACGGGCUGAACGGGAACGCCAAAAAUUCUUAUCAAUUGCCGCUGAAGAUCACGCGGUUGUGAGGGAAAAAAUUUUGCUGCUGCAAGAAACGAUAUCAGAUCUGGAAAAGACUCUUGAGAGAACAAGACGUGAGUCGGCGUCGAGAGCCGAAAAGGAUGAUCUUGCACUCAAAUCAGCCACGGAAGAUCUUCGCGCAUGCAAGGAACAGCUUGAAGAGUGCAAAGUUAAUCACGAGAAGGAAGUGAUUGGUUUGAAGGGACAGAUCAGGGCCAUGGAAGCGAGUCUUGAGAGGACAGUUCGUGAUUUCAACGAGGUCCAACUUCAGCUUCGGUUGUGCGAGGAAUCGCGCUACAACAAUCGAUCUGAGGUUUCGGAAACUGCAAAACUUCUAAGAGAAGCUGAGGAAAGCCGCAACAGCCUACGUCACGAUGUAUUCGACCUCCGCAAACAAGUGAACGAGCUGGAGUCUAUAAAAUCCAACCUCGAGAAAACCAACCAAGACCUGCGUUUGCAAAUUCGUGACCUUGAGGUGGAACGCGUUGGACAGAGUUGUGCCGUGAAAGAGAUGAAAGAACGUCUGGACUUUUACGAACGAGGCCGAAAAGGUCCGAAGGAGGAGCCACUUGCCUCGCCUAUGGCUCCGAGGUCCAGAGAUGAUCCUCUCAUCAGUGAGCUGCGACAGAAACUAUUUGCGUGCGAAUCCUCGAAUUUAGCGCUUCAGCAGACUUGUGCGGACCUUCGAACCAGUCUUGGGGAAGAAAUCGCAAACGUUGAAGAAAUUAAACGCGAGUGCUCUAUGUUGAAGCAACGAAUUUCCGAAAGUGAAGAAGCGCGUCAAGCUCUGGAGAUGGAGCUUAACAGCGUUCGACGUCGUCAUGCAGACGUAGAGGAGCGCGUUAGAUCCCGAGAAGGAGCAACCUCUCUGUCAGUGGAAGAAACCAGCAGGGAUUGCAAACGCCUCGAGGAGACGAAGCGCAUUCUCCAGGCACGGAUUGAAGCCUCAGAAGAAACGAUCUCGCGCUUGAAUUCCGACUUGAAUUCGGCGAGACGGAGACUACAGGUGGUGGAGGAGGAGGCUGCUGCUUCGAGUGAGGCCCAACGGGACGCCGAAUCGCGUCUAGCUGGAAUCUAUUCGGUUAUGCAUCGUCUGAUUGGCUUCAGGCAACGGCGUGGUGGGGGUGGUGCCUCUCCAGUGUUGAUGCUUCGCUCGAAGCGACGAAUGGACGGCAGCACUGCGGAUGGUGAUGACACAGAGAAGGGCUUCCGCGUUGUGGGUGAUGCACAAUACACUGGAUCUCCACUGCACGACCGAAGGUCUAGAUCGAUUUCGCCAACUAAAGAACGUAGGGAUUCUGAUUCCAGGUCAUAUUCCGCAGACAGACGGGUUCGAGUUCCGGCAACAGCAUGGUCGGAUGUAUUUGCAGAAAGUGGAAUUCUUCAAAAGACGAAUACUGCAGGGACAACUGCUGCCUCCUCAUCGACGGACUCUCUGGGUCACACUAGACACCACUGCCAACCCCUCUCUUUAUUUCAUCGCCUACCUGGUUCAGAUAUCGAUCCAGAAUCCGUUAGUAUUGCCCUGCGUGAGUUGCUGCGUCAAAUGGCUCAGCUUGAGAAAGAACGAGACGACGCCGAAAUGGCACGACGCGCUGGCGAAGAAAAGCUUUUCGACGUCAACACCCAGUUGCACGAGAAAUCCAACGAAGUUCAUGAACUAAGGCAGAUUCUUCUUUCUAUGGAAGAUAAGCAAAGGUCCUUCUCAGAGCGCUUAAGGCAAUCACAAGCUGAGCUGUUGAAUCAUGAGACGGAAAUUCGACGCGUCACGAAGGAACGAGAUGUGGCCGUCGUGCGGGCCGAGGAACUUCAAAGGCGACUUCAACUGAUUGAGGAUGAAUGCCAAUCUAUUCAGGAACGUCUAAGUGCUUCCAAAACGCAUGAAGCCAAAGCCGCAGAAGAGCACAGACGAGAACUCCGGAAGGCCCUUGAAGACACAGAGGUUCGAUUGGCUGCUGCGGAAACUGCACGACGCUCUCUAGAAGCGAAUUUGCAUCGGCAGAAAACUAUCACAGACGACAAAUCGAUGGAGAUUGAAGCACUCAAGGCGCGCUUAGUGAAUACGGAAUCUGAAAUAUCGACUCUAAGAGAAAAGUUGACUGAAGCAGCAAGCAAUAUCGAUCGCCUCUCUCAAGAGUGCCAGAAGUCAAAUCUGGCCGAAACAGACGCGAAGAAAACGGUCGAUCGAUUUUCAGAACGAAUCAAUGAUCUUGAGAAGCACAAUUUGCAACUUCAAGAGAGACUGAGUGACGCUCAACGCAUGAUGACAACCAUGGAUCAUGACAAUCGUGUUAUGCAAGAACGAUUUGAAAAUGCUCAGAUGAGUCUUCGGGACUGCAGAGAGCAGUUGGAGCAAAUGAAUAACCGCGUACAGAAACUUCAGGGUGACCUUGCCGAAGCUGAUCUCCUUCGUUGCGAUCUUGAAAGUCAAAAUCGACAACUGAUGAGACAGAACACCGAGCAGGAUGCGCUGCAGAAGGAGUUGACGCAACAGAUCAUCAGCCUUAGACUGGAAAAGGAAUCAACACAGGUGAAGGUAAAAAAUCUCAUGAAGACCCAGUCAGAAUGGGACAAGGUUAAAAACGAUCUCGAAAUGGAAACAAAACAAUUAAGAGAGAAGUUACACGACCUGCAAAUGUCCUUCGAUCAUUUGACAAGAGAAAGAAUGCGUGAGAAGGAGCUGAAUUCGGUCCUCAUAUCUGGUCAAGAGGAGAUGCGUAAACGAGCACAGAAGCUUGAGGAAGACAACCUUGAAUGCAGGCGCCAGAUUCAACGGCUAAGCGCACAGCUCGUCCUUCGUGAGGAGUCACAUGCCAGCCAAAUGGACGAGGUCGUUCGACAGCGACAGCAUCAGGUCGAGACAGAGCUCCAACAGAAAUGCGCAGAACUGGAGCAAUGCGAAAAGACUCUCCGAUCCCGCGAAAGUAGCCAUCGACAAAGAAUCAAGGCGCUGGAAGACCAGGUGAAGGUUCUGAAUGAACAACUGACUCACGAGGUUGGCAGGCGUCAACUUUACAUGUCAACAAGCCGCCUCCCAGUCGUCACGUCUUCCGUUGGUCAAUAUCCUCCGAUGAGUUACCUCUCGCAGACCCUAACUCACUCCCACGAUUCCCUGAUCAGCCCAUCUGACUACGCACGAUCAGCUGAGCGGCCAUGGAACAGCAAACCACCUCAAGCUCUGCCAGCCCUCUCUGCUGCAGUACCUUCUAAGGAUCAGGCCUCAUCGGUGAGUAUUCAAACGGAGUCCCGCAGCAGUCAUGAAACUAUAACGAAGCGGGUUACCUGA